AUGACUGCAAGGGAUCUGGAUCUCCUAGAAGCGCUUGAGAGAUAUUUUCCUCUUAAAGUUGGCAGUGAAAAUUUCACAGGUUUAGGAGACGAUUGGUUCGACUGGGACUCUGUUCUAAAUGUCUCGAAACCAUUCGUUAAAGAGUGUACAUUUCGCGGGCUAAGCUGCAGCAUGAAAAAUUUCACUCCUGUUUAUACAGAUAUGGGGAUCUGCUACACCUUUAAUUCGGGGUAUAGCGGUCAUAGGUUAACGAGCGACAGUAGUGGAAGACUCUUUGGCCUCCAGCUGACGUUAGACGUGGAUCAGAGAAACUAUUUCAGAGGAUUUGCUGGCUAUGGAGCUGGUUUCAAGGUGAGGGUCCACGCCCGAGAUCCACCGAUGAUGAGCAAUAUGGGGUUCUCAGUGGGCGCCGGAAUGCACACUUUAGUUGGACUUAAGAUGAUCAAUGUAAGUAACCUUGACGUGACGCAGUGGGGCAGCUGUCGCAAGGACAUAACACUGAAGUUCCACCCGGAAUACUCUCAGUCCGCAUGCCGACGCGAAUGCCUCUACGACUUCAUGAUAGAAAAGUGCCAGUGUGUCAAGUUCCUGAAGUUUGGUAAGAUAAGACAAUCUACGGGCCGUUUCUGUAACCCUAAAGAGUUGUUCUACUGCUACGGGCCGAAUUAUGACGUGUUCAUCCAGAAAAAGGGGCAGUGCAAACAUGUCUGCCCUGUGGCGUGUGAAUCUAUCAAGUAUGAAGUGAGUCUGUCUCAAGUACCAUUCGCAGAUUAUUAUGCAGAAGAGAUGAUUAAUGACUCCGGUUAUAGAGAUGUUAUUGAUUUCAAGAAAAACACUGCUCGGCUCGAUAUAUUUUUCAUGGAAAUUUCAUACGAGAGAAGAGAGCAGUACCAAGCCUAUAAUGCGUUCACACUCGGGUGUGACAUUGGAGGGGCGCUGGGACUCAUUCUUGGAGCCAGCGUUCUCACGUUAUUUGAAGUGGGUGAUUUUAUUAUUCUCAUGGUUCUGAAAGGCAAAGGAAAGAAACUCUGCUAA